CGCAGGGCUUCAUUCCCCAGCGAGGCCGUCCGUGAGGUGAGUCGAGGAGUCCGUGAUGUUCGAGUCUUCACUUUUCUACCAAAAAGAUGAUUCAUAAACUCCAAGCAAACCUUCACUAUCGGAUAUAUUUUUAUUUUUGACUCGUUUCACACUCGGACGCCAAGUUUGAUUGACUUUGGCCAGGUGAGCAUGAGCGUGAUUCGCGGAGGAUUACCGGAGUGAAUGAGGCGACAUGAGCCGCUGGGACGUGCUUGUGACCCGGGUGGCUUAUGGAAUAUAGCCCGCUGAGCGCCCGCUGCUCCGGCCCCGUCAAGAGGAAAGCCCUCCUGCUCAGCAUCAUGGUCCUCAUCUGGCUCUUCAUGCUCUACUCCUGCGCCGGUCCCUGCUCCGGCGUGCCCGGGGUGCUGCUCGACUCCUACCGGGACGGCGGCGCUCCGGUGGCGGGCAGGAGGACCGAGCGGGCGGACGCGGUGUCCCGGCUGCUGGUGGCCAAGACGCAGCAGCCGUGGGAGGACGUGGACUACGAGGAGCCCCCGGUCCGGACCGCCGCCGCCGCCGCCGCGUCCCGGGACUUGCUCGACGACGACCCGGCGGAGAGAACCGACGACUGGGACGGCGGACCCGGGCAGCGCCGAGCCCCGGAGCCCGGCGCCCUGUCGAGCUUCUCCAACGGCUCCGGGAGCAAGAAGCUGCCGCAGGCCAUCAUCAUCGGCGUGAAGAAGGGAGGCACCCGGGCUCUGCUGGAGUUCCUGCGGGUGCACCCGGACAUCAGGGCCGUGGGGGCCGAGCCGCACUUCUUUGACCGCAACUACGACAACGGACUGGAGUGGUACAGGGACCUGAUGCCCAAGACCCUGGAGGGCCAGAUCACCAUGGAGAAGACCCCCAGCUACUUUGUGACCAAAGAGGCCCCGGCCCGGAUCCGGGCCAUGUCCCGGGACACCAAGCUGAUCGUGGUGGUGAGGGACCCGGUGACCAGGGCCAUCUCGGACUACACGCAGACGCUGUCCAAGAAGCCCGACAUCCCUUCUUUCCAGAGCCUGACCUUCAAGAACAGGACCACGGGGCUCAUCGACACGUCGUGGAGCGCCAUCCAGAUCGGGAUCUACGCCAAGCACCUGGACAACUGGCUGCAGUACUUCCCCGUGGAGCAGAUCCUCUUUGUGAGCGGCGAGCGGCUCAUCAGCGACCCGGCCGGAGAGCUGGGCCGCGUGCAGGACUUCCUGGGCCUGAAGCGCAUCAUCACCGACAAACACUUCUACUUCAACCAGACCAAGGGCUUCCCCUGCCUCAAGAAGGCCGAGGGCAGCAGCAAGCCCCACUGCCUGGGCAAGACCAAAGGCCGCGCUCACCCCGACAUCCACCCCGAGGUGGUCCGCAGGCUGCGAGACUUCUACCGCCCCUUUAACAUGAAGUUCUACCAGAUGACCGGACACCAUUUUGGAUGGGAUUGAUGGACGCCGACGCCGACGCCGACGCCGACGCCGACGCCGACGCCGACGCCGACGCCUUCCUUCUUUUGUCUUCUUUACCUCCUUGGCUUGCUUGGCGAUAUUAUGACCUUAUUUUCACUCAUCCGAUGGGAUGAAGAUGCGGCUAUAUAUAUCUAUAUCUAUAUAUAUCUAUAUAUAGAUAUAUAUACGUAUGUGGGUGUGUCAAAUGUACAGAAAUCUAUUUUAUAAUAAUUUAUUUUUCUUUGGAAGCAAUGAAUUCACUAAGCUGCCUAAGCGUGUUUGUUGGCCACGUCGGGAUCACCUCGGCUUUUCUCCUUUUUAACGACAUUCCUCACCUCCGCUCCCGAGCCCGCCCAGCAGAUCCUUUUGGGAACAUUUUGGAAAAACCAAUCAAAAAGGCCACAUUACGGGUACACGGUUGCUUGAUUGGCAAACGGCAGACUGUCAAUCAAAUUCAAACACAGUGAUUGGGCCGGGAGAACCGGGGGGGCGGAGCGUACGCUUUUAUGCCUUAUCGACUAACCCUCCUUCUUUUCCUACGGAGGCCGUUUCCACGACUGCAAGAGAAACAAACAUCCCCAUGGCCACUUUGGAGAUAAAACGUCAAUCGAGAUUGAAAAGUCCAAAUUAUUAGAUUAAAAAAUGCAACAUUUCAAGAAAGUUGAAUUACAAGACCAAAACUCAAAAUUAUAAAAUAUGUCAGAAUUAUGAGACUAAAAGUCAGAAUUGAGAUUAAAGAAAUCAAAAUUAGGAGAUGAAACAUCAAUAAUAAUAAUAAUAAUGAGACAUUUUUUAUUGGGAAAGUCUGAGUUAUGAGAUGAAAAAAUUGAAAUUGUGACACAAAAAGUCAAUGUCAUGAUGUAAAUUCCAAAUUCUGAUAUAAAAAGUCAAAAUUAUGAGAAAAAUCAAUUCCAAGAUCAUUUUAAAUUGUGAGAGAAAAGGGAGAAAUUUCAAGAAAAUUGAAAUUACGAUAUAAAAUUGAAAAAAAUAUCAAUAAAAUAAAAAUUGAGAAGUCUAUAUUUAGAGAAAAAAUUGUGUGAUUAAAAAGUCAAAAUGACAAGAAAAAAGUCCAUAUUUGUAUUUUUCAUCCGCUAAUCCUGACCUCCCACUCGGAUCUUUUUUCCCGUCAGCGGUGGAAACGGUUCCCGUACGUUCCUCACGUGUCCACUAGUUGGCCAAAAAGGAAGUAGCAUGUCUCACACGGCCUUAUCACUUCCUGGUUUCUACGGAAAAGAAAAAGAGGAAGAAGAAGGUGUGACGUUGCCAUGACAACAAAAGCGCGGCGGACUGAAAGCGGAGCCUUUGAAAGAAGGAGGAUGUUCUCCAGAUGUUCAGACGAUGCCGUGCCUCCUAAAAGCGUCCAAUUCCUCCCUUUUGGGCCUGCUGUUGUUUGUCAUUUGUGACGCCAAGCAUUUAAGGUGGUCACGUUCCACGGAGAAAAAGAUGGGCUUUCUUCCUUUUACGGUUGAGUUUUAUUCAACCUGCUUUUUCUUUAGCUUUUUGCCGCCACACACCGGCGGCACAGAAAAGACUAUUUUGGGCUUUCAAAAACGAAAAAAGCAAAAUGGAACAGCGGUUUCUAGAGAAUGAAAUACUAAACAUUCAUAAUAUUUCUUUGUAUGAAGAAAUAAAUAAGUAUAUAUUUUACCAAAAAUAUUGUGUGUCUUCUUUGACUUUUAUUAUGAAAUGGAUCCUCUUUACUGCGGAUGCACAUUUUUAAUUUGUGUAAAGUAUGUGAAGUAGAAAAAAAAAGUCCUACAUUUAUGACAAAGUACAUUUACAGGAUUUUUUUUUUAAUGAUUGCAAAUCUAUCAGAAUAAAGUCAUACAUUUACAAGUUGUAAUAUAACAACAAUAAAGUUGGAAAUUUACAGCACAAAAGUCAUAAUAUUACAAUAAUAUAUUUAAAAGACAAAUGUCAAAAAUGUACCAUAAUAAAGUCGUACAUUUACAAGAAAAAAAGAAUAGUAAAAGAAUAAAAUCAUAUACGAAAAAAGGAGCAAAUCUACCAGAUUGAAGUAUUAAAUGUACAAGAAAAACAAGUAUAUUUAUGACGGUAAAGUCAUAAGUUUACAUUUUAAUGUAUGAGAUAAAAGUUGUGAAUCUAUUACAAUAAAGUCAUAAAUUCAUAAGGAAAUGUAUGUUACAUUCUUGGGCUUUAGUUUCCGUUUUGGAUGCUCUUAUUUUGUAAGUGACUUCCUGCUUUGCCUGGUCUUCCUUAGUUGCCCUCAUCAGCCCCACCUGCCCCACCUGGCCCUAAUUAGUCCUGCUUCUAUUGGCUUCAGGUGUGUUGUUCUCCCUGCCUGGUGGAUCAUUGGGGUGGUUUGUCCGUCCGCCUGCCUGAGGCUUUCAUCCUGCUGCUCAAACAUUAAUCAUCUCUUCAUCCUCAAUUUUCAUCUCAUAAUUUCAGCUUGAUAAUUAUGACUUCUCAUUUUUUAUACUCAUAAUUUUGAUGUCAUAGCCAUGAUUUUCUCGUCUCAUAAUUCAGACUUUUAAAUCUCGUAAUUUAGAUUUUUCAUCCCAUAAUUUGAGGUUGAGAAUCAUGACUCGUAUAAAUGUUUUAAGUCAUCAUUUUCAU